AAGAGUGGUGUGGGGAGGACAGCCCUCGUCGGAAGCAGAUGCGCUCAUCUGGAAGAUACCAAAAGCGGCGCCUUUCCUCACACGCAGUGCAAACAACGGGGGAGGGGUGGUGGUGAAAGCGAGCUGAGGAAUGGCUCGUUACGCGUGCAUGCUUUGUUGAAGAGCAAUGAUACAAGGCAGAGAUGGAGGGGAUCCUUCUCAGGAGCAGAAAGAAGAAAAAGAAAGGAAGACGAAAAGGAGGAGGAGGAGGAAGAAGAAAGAGCCAGGCAAGACACGCACGGUUUGCUCCAACCUGCUGCCACCGUGGCGCGAAGUGGACAACCCCACUCUGCCGGCCAGCAAUAGACUCAAGACCACCAAGUACACAGCGGUGUCCUUUUUCCCCAAGAACCUCUUUGAGCAGUUCCACCGCCUUGCCAAUGUUUACUUUGUCUUCAUUGCCUUGCUCAACUUUGUGCCGGCUCUUAACGCCUUCCAGCCUGAGCUGGCUCUGGCCCCUGUCCUCUUCAUCCUGGCGGUGACUGCGGUCAAGGAUCUGUGGGAAGACUACAGCCGCUACCGGUCAGAUCAGGAAAUCAACCACAUGGAGUGUCUGGUCUAUAACAGGGAUGAAAGAAAAUACACAACAAGAUUCUGGAAAGAAGUAAAAGUUGGGGACUUCAUUCAGCUGCGUUGCAAUGAAAUCAUACCUGCUGAUAUAUUGGUGCUUUCUUCAAGUGACCCAGAUGGCCUGUGUCACAUAGAGACUGCUAAUCUGGAUGGGGAGACCAACCUGAAGCAGAGACAGGUGGUGCGAGGAUUUUUAGAGCUGGACUCUGACUUUGACCCAUUGAAGUUUACUAGUAUCAUUGAAUGUGAAGAGCCAAAUAAUGACUUAAGUAGAUUUCGAGGCUUCAUUGUACAUAAAAAUGGGGAAAAAGUGGCACUGUAUAAAGAAAAUCUUUUGUUACGAGGAUGUACGAUUAGGAACACCGAAGUGGUCUCUGGAAUAGUCAUCUAUGCAGGGCAUGAGACCAAAGCCUUGUUAAAUAACAGUGGCCCACGUUACAAGCGCAGUAAGCUUGAAAGACAAAUGAAUGUUGAUGUCCUUUGGUGCGUUCUCAUUCUUUUCACCAUGUGCCUGUUUUCAGCUAUUGGUCAUGGAAUUUGGGUCUGGCAGUAUGAUGAAAAAAGAAAACCUGUAUUUGAUGUCCCAGGUCAUGAUGGAAAGUAUUGGUCUCCUCUUCAAGCUGCAGUUUAUUUAUUUUUGACAAUGAUUAUCGUUUUCCAGGUUCUCAUUCCAAUUUCCUUAUAUGUCUCCAUUGAAAUUGUUAAAAUAUGCCAAGUGUUUUUUAUUCAUCAAGAUAAGGAUUUAUAUGAUGAAGAAACAGACCUCCAACUCCAGUGCCGAGCUCUGAACAUAACUGAAGAUUUGGGACAGAUUCAGUAUAUAUUUUCAGACAAGACGGGGACUCUUACUGAGAAUAAAAUGGUUUUCCGAAGGUGCACUGUUUCCGGUAUAGAAUAUUCUCAUGAUGCUAACGCAAGACGCAUAGCUAUGUACCAGGAAGCUGAUUCCGAGGACGAAGAAACCGGACCGAAAACAGGGACCUUGUCUCAGCGGGAGAGUAUUAGCAGUCAUCAGAGUGUUAAAGUCGUCCACAGGAACCAGAGCACAAAAUCUCAUAGGCGCACAGGGAGCAGGGUGGAGGCCAAAAGGGCAAGCAUUCUGUCAAAGCAUACGGCUUUCAGUAGCCCCAUGGAAAAAGACAUCACACCUGAUCCGAAUCUGCUGCAAAAAGUGAAUGAGUGUGCAAGCUACCUGGAAAUCACGAGGAACCAUGAUCAUCCAUUAUCCCAGCUCUCCCCUGAACUCUCUGACAUUUUUGACUUUUUCAUAGCUUUGACAAUUUGCAAUACAGUGGUGGUGACAUCUCCAAAUCAGCCACGGCAGAAGGUUAGACUCAGAUUUGAACUGAAGUCUCCAGUAAAGACCAUUGAGGACUUCAUUCGGAAAUUCACCCCGAGCCGCCUGACCUCUGGUUCAAACAGCAGCAGCUUGUCGAGUCUGGCUGCCAACCGAUCGACUCAGCGAGCUGGUUCAAGCAUCAUUUCAUCAGCAUCCACGGACAGCACUUUACUAAAACUUGAAGAAAGGCCAGCCAAUUCUUCUCAGCCAAGUAACAAUGGCUGCAGUUCCCAGCAAACCAAAGGGGCACCAGGGAAUGGGAAUGAGCCAGAGGAGGGGGAACUGCGUUAUGAAGCAGAGAGUCCAGAUGAGGCUGCCCUUGUGUACGCGGCCAGAGCGUAUGACUGUGCUUUGGUUGGUCGGCUGCCUGACCAGCUAUCAGUAGAGCUCCCUCACUUGGGGAGGUUAAACUUUGAACUCUUACACGUUCUGGGCUUUGACUCCAUCCGGAAGAGAAUGUCAGUGAUUGUCAGACAUCCCCUGACUGAUGAAAUAAAUGUUUACACAAAAGGAGCAGAUUCAGCCAUCAUGGAUCUUCUUCUGCCCUGUUCUUCAGAUGACCCUAGAGACAAACACCAGAAGAAAAUCCGAAGCAAAACUCAGAAUUUCCUUAACCUUUAUGCUGCUGAUGGACUGAGGACUUUGUGUAUUGCAAAGAAAGUGCUGAGUAAGGAGGACUAUUCUCACUGGUUAAAAAGUCACAUUGAAGCAGAAUCUGCUAUUGACAACCGGGAAGAACUGCUGUUCCAAUCAGCCACUCGUAUAGAGACCAAUCUGCAUCUACUAGGUGCAACUGGCAUUGAAGACCGUUUACAGGAUGGAGUCCCAGAAACCAUUGCAAAUCUGCGCCGGGCUGGGCUGCAGAUAUGGGUCCUAACUGGAGAUAAGCAGGAAACAGCCAUUAACAUUGCUUACGCUUGCAAGCUGUUGGACCAUGAUGAAGAAAUCAUUACCCUGAAUGCUGACUCUCUGGAAAUGUGUGCUACCUUACUGGAACAACACUUGCACUGCAUAGAGUCUAAAUUUUCAACUGAAACAUUGGAAAAAUCUUCUCAGAACAUGACUGCAAAGUUUACCCCCCUCUACAUGCCAUCAUCUUUGGUGCAUCCAAGACUGGGUUUAGUCAUUGAUGGAAGGACGCUGGCCUAUGCCUUAGACAAAACGCUAGAAGACAAAUUCCUGUUGCUAGCCAGGAGAUGUCGUGCUGUGCUCUGUUGUCGCUCUACCCCAAUUCAGAAAGGGAUGGUCGUCAAACUGGUCAGGGACAAACUGAAAACAAUGUCCUUGGCUAUAGGUGACGGAGCCAAUGAUGUCAGUAUGAUACAAGUUGCUGAUGUCGGUGUGGGGAUCUCAGGUCCGGAAGGCAUGCAGGCUGUGAUGGCAAGUGACUUUGCCAUCCCAAAGUUCCGGUAUUUGGAGAAACUCCUGCUUGUACAUGGCCACUGGUGUUACUCACGGCUUGCCAACAUGGUGCUGUAUUUCUUCUACAAAAAUGCAAUGUUCGUGGCCCUCCUCUUCUGGUACCAGUUUUACUGCGGGUUUUCUGGAUCGUCCAUGAUCGAUCAGUGGUACCUGAUCUUCUUUAACUUGCUGUUCUCUUCCCUGCCUCAACUGAUUGUUGGCGUGCUUGAUAAAGAUGUACCCGCAGACAUACUGAUUGCUGUGCCUCAGCUCUACACAAGUGGUCAAAACAUGGAGGAAUACCAGCCACAUAUGUUUUGGAUGAAUAUGAUUGAUGCCCUCUACCAAAGUCUGGUUUGCUUCUUCAUACCUUACUUUAUAGAUUAUGAUUCUGACGUGGAUAUAUUUUCAUGGGGAACCCCUAUCACCACAAUAGCUCUCUUCACAAUAAUACUACAUUUGGCUAUUGAAACUAAAACCUGGACUUGGUUCCAUGUGACAUCGUGUGUCUUCAGCAUUGCCUUAUUCUUCAUUGUGGCCCUUCUUUACAAUGCAUCUUGCCCUGUAUGUUAUCAUCCAUCUAACCCCUACUGGAUUAUGGAAAGACUGAUGGGAGAUCCUAAGUUUUAUCUGACAUGGCUUAUAACACCUGUUGUUGCUUUACUUCCCAGGUUCCUGUACAGGACACUUCAAGGGACACUUUUCCCAACCCAGCUUCAACUUGGACGCCAGUUGUCAAGGAUGCCGCCAAACACUCGCAGCCAUCUUCUAAACAGGUGGAACCCACAAAAAGAGACCGACCCCCUUAAAAACCCAGGUGCUGAACAUUCUCCAGAAAGCCUGUAUGGCUUUGCUAGAGAGGUUCUCAAGAACUGUAACCAAAACUACUCCGCGCAGUUAUCGCAGCAAGGAAAUGAGCUGGUUCAGCCACCAAACCCAGAGGCUACAAGAAGUUUAAACAUUUCUGCUGCUCCUCUUGGUGCUCAGGUAUGGGAGGAGAACGGGCAUUUUUCAGUGAUAGGCAGUCAGAGUGAAACGUCUUUGGGUUUUCACAAAGGCACUUUUGAGCUGGAUCCAACAUUAGGAGAUGAAACUUUCCACUGGAACUCAAGGGGAGACCAGUCAGACUUCAGCUUGUUGAACUGGAUCACAUCAACACCAUUGUUUAAUGAUCUUGGACGUGGCUUCCCAUGGUUCUCCAGUGGUUUACAGAAUGAAAGACGGGACAGUACGGCUGUGCAUAGGUGUCGUUCUCAGGACCUCAGAGACUCUUCAGAGCAGAACCCAGCCUGUUUUCAGGAGGAAAGGUCUGCUGACUGCUGCUUAAAGACUGAAUCUCUUGAGUCAACUUUUUUAUAAUGUAGAUGUUGGAGCAUAAAUGUUCUAUUUGCACAGGAAGAUAGAGUUGUUCUGUUUUCUGAGAAUGAAGCAGGAAAUCAAGGUACAUAGUUUUAUUUUAAGAGAAAUUUUAAGCAUAGUACAUUGAAAGCAAGAGGUUUAUAUAAAAAUAAAAGAUGCAUAUAUAUAUUUAUUUAUCAUCUCAUUUUAUACAAAUGCAGAAUGUUUAUUUUUUAUUUGCUUCUGUUCUGUGCUCAUUUACUGGGUCACAUCUGUUGGAUUUCUGCUCAGAGAUCAAAGUAAUUGUCGGUUCAGCUUGUCACAAGGCAUGAACCCUUAUAUUGAUUGACUUGUUAACAUAUAAGCAGUCCUCUGUGAGUUUUCUGAGAGGUAGGUGGGCAGGUCCUGGGAGUUUGGGGUUAGAAUGUAUGUAUGGAAGCAAAUCAUUAGGAAAUCCUUUGGAAACAAAGCCUCAUUCUGUAAAAUAGUGUUACGCUGCAGUGGAAAUAAUGCUAACGUUUUACAGAUAUGACCUUUUCUGUUUCAACCACAGAGGUUGUGUAUAACAAGAAAGCAAUAAAUAAGUCAAGACCUAUAUUGCAACCGUA